AUGUCCUGUUUGAGCAGUUUUGAUAGCGAGGCGGUUGCUUUUGAUUCGGUUUCAGAUGAUAAGAAGCCGAUGAGGACUAAUUCCUCACAGACAACCGAGUUUAAUGAGGGUGGGAUGAGUACGCAGACUAAUACGUCCAAAGAUAUUGGCUGUUUGGCCCAACCGGAGGAUGUAAAACCUGCUGAGGCGAUGGAAUAUCCACCGCCAGGCCUGAACGAAUUCCUCAGGAAGGUGGUACCGGCAAUGAUGGACCAAUUGGACCAAAAUAACACGGAAUUCCUCAAUAAUUCAUCAGAUUCUGACGAGGAAGAGGUUCUAGGUGCUAGGUUGUUCCAGGAAAUGCAGCUUAAAGACGGCAUCGGGGCUGGUGACCAUGAAACCUCUAUUUUGGGCGUCACCUGGAGCAGCGCUGGGAAUUCCCUAGCUGUUUCCAUCGGUCAAUUGCAUCACGAAACUUUCUGCCAAACGUCCGGUAUCAUUAAAGUGUUUACUCUGAAGAGAAGCGAAGAUAAAUUUGUCCAUUCGUUGGACAUCAGUGAGAAUAACUGUGUAACUGUCCUGAAGUACCAUCCUAACGUGGCAGCUCUGCUGGCGUAUGGCACUACUUCCGGGGAGGUUGUUUUAUGUAAUUUGAGGAACGGAAGUCUUGAUGAAGGCACCCAAUUGACGUCACCAGCGGGAUGUCACGGCUCGAGGAGAGUAUCAGGCUUGCAGUGGGCUGACGCGCCGUUGGCUAACAUAUAUUUGCUGAUGCAGAUACAUAAUAAAGGCAAAAGACGUGGUGCAGCAGAUCAGGUUCUUUUUUCGUCUGGUUGCGACGGAACUCUGAACGCGUGGCAAGUGAACUCUUAUUCUAAAGUUUUCGAGAACAUUAUUUGUUAUAAUAUAAACGGUUCCAAGAAGAUGCCGGUUCCGGAUAUAACCUGUUUUGAUUUCUUCAAGAGUUAUCCGUUACGGUCAGCUGAAGAGAAGAGUUAUAAUGACGUAUUUGUUGUCGGAGAUAGAAGCGGACAGCUGUUUUUAUGCAAAAUAACUCCACAAAUCGACAAUGAUCCGGUGUACGAAGUCCUGCAACCUCACGGCACCUGUGUUUUAGAUAUUUCGUUCAGUUUCCAAAAACCGGGAAUUUUCGUUUCCAUCUCUAUGGAUUCUGAAGUUAGAGUAUAUGAUAUCAACCAGAAUAGUCCAUUGAAGAUAAUAUGUUUGGAUAUUCCGAUAUCUUGCAUGAGCUGGCUGUGUAGUCCGUGCGUGCUGCUCGGUCUGGCUGGAUGUGAUGAACUGCUGCGUGUUUAUAACAUCUGUAGCGGGCGUGUGGUACCUGUCAGUGGUUUGGCGGGAAACGCGACUGUCACUUGUGUCGCUGUCAACCAGAGCGGUUCAUGCCGCAUAGCUGCCGGUGACAGCAGCGGCACUCUUCAUAUAUAUGAACUACCGUCUCGACGGAUCAAGCUAACGGCCGAUGACUUGGACUUUUGA